AUGAAGAUGACGAAGAUGACGAUUUGUAGCGACCAGCACCGCCUCGUCUUCAUCAUCGACGAGCCGCAAGCGUCGGCAGCCUGCAGCCAAGAAGUCCUCCACCACGAAGGCCAAGAGGGGGUGGUGGCGCGCGUGGCCAAGAAGAGCGGCGGUGCCACCACCGCUACGAGGAGAGCCGCCAAACGGCGACGAAAGAGCGACGACCUGGACCAGGAAGAUGGUGAUGAUGCAGAUGAAGAUGGAGACUACGUCGAGAGCAGCACCGGCAGCAGUCGGCGAGGAGCACCACGAAGUAGCAGCGAUGCCAGGGACGACGAGGACCCCACCAUGGACACCACGACCAUAACCACCACUACGACCACAACGGCCACGACCACGGCCGCUACAUCUACUUCGGCCAGUUGCAUCGUCAACCUGGGCGGUGUGGGCAGCUGCAGCGGCGGGCGGACGUGCGGCGGUCGCGGGCCGUCGCUGGCGCGGCUGCCGAUGCUGUGCCGCGAAGUGCUGCGGUGCCUGCCGCCGCCCCAGCCCGAGCUCGAAGGCAACGAGGCCCUCCCGUACGACCCCGACGCCAUCCAGGCCCUUGUUCUCGACCUCGCCGUCGACCCUGCCCUCCACGCCGUCGACACUGUCGGUAACGCCGUCGCCAACACUGUCGACAGUGACCACCACAACAGCGACAACAACAGCGCGGCCGAUGCCGAGCGUCGGGUGGUGACCGAGGCCGUGCGGCGGGUGGCGGCGUCGACCAGCGCCGGCGGGCGGCGGUACCGGCUGCCGCAACGCGACGGGUACGACCGGCGGCGGUGCUGGCCC